AUGGGCAUUUCGUUUAAGGCUCCGCACAUGGAUCUUGUUAACAGCAACACCAAUGCUGCUCGCCAUUGCGUUAUUGCCAAUAUCAUCCAUCAACUCAAUAAGUUCCUUCGGCUUGAUUCAGUACGAGUUGUAGUGUCUGUACAGAAAUUCUACUGGGAACAAUUAGAGCUUGUCGGCGCAGUCUAUCCAGGGUCAGAUUACAGUCAGUGGACUUUCGAAGUUAUCGAGCAUGGUCAAGGAACAAGAUCAAUUGAGAUUAGUCCUAGUCUCAACCGUAGUAAAAAGGCUCGCUUCUUCCAUGAGAUGUAA